AUGAAGGAGGAAGUUGUGGAGAAAAAGUCUUUAUCCUUAGGAGCAGUAGUUAUUAUGGAUGAUGAGCUGUGCCCUGGCACUUCUCCUUUUAGAGGAGGGGUUUGCUCCCUAGUGGGCAUUUGUUGCUUACAGCUGGCAGCAUUAGAGAGACAGAUCUUUGACUUCCUUGGUUUCCAAUGGGCUCCUAUCCUUGGCAAUUUCCUACAAAUAAUAGUUGUCAUUUUGGGUUUGUUUGGAACCAUCCAGUUUAGGCCUCGAUAUAUAGUCGUGUACACGGUGUGGACUGCCCUGUGGGUCACCUGGAAUGUUUUCAUUAUCUGCUUCUAUUUGGAAGUAGGCGGACUUUCAAAGGAAACCGAUCUCAUGACCUUUAACAUCUCAAUGCACCGUUCUUGGUGGCGGGAACACGGGCCCGGCUGCAUACGAAGGGUGGUGCGUCCAUCUGCUCCCGGCAUCCUAGAGGAUUACUCCUACGUCUCUGUGACGGGCUGCAUAAUUGAUUUCCAGUACCUGGAGGUCAUUCACAGCGCUAUCCAAAUACUCCUCUCCCUGAUUGGAUUUGUGUAUGCCUGUUACGUGAUCAGUAUUUUCAUGGAGGAAGAGGACAGCUGUCGAAGUAAGUAAUGAAUAUGGACUCAAGACUUCUGCUGCUGUAGCUGAAGCUGAAGCAACAGAUUUUAGAAGAAAAGACCACCCUUGUGACUCAUCGUUCUGGAAGAAACCCACCAUCCGUUUCUCACGGCAUGUGGAUUGUUCUUCCCACAGGCUCAGUGUCAUUAUCAGCAUCGUUAUUUCGUAGAUCCUUGUAGAUGAUCUUGAAUUUUUGAAUAAUUUACUUAUAUGGACACUUGUAAAUUGUAAAUUUUUUUCUUUUUUAAUUUCAAUAUUUUUACAACAUUUAGUGUUAAGGCAUGAAAACAAAACAACCUGUGAAAACUAGGAGAAAGGUGCGUCUUUCUCAAAAAAGUCAGUAUUUUUGGACUGAUAUAAUCAUACUGUGCCUGGUCAAGAUUGUGUCAGUAAACAGUAAUUUUGACUC